AUGGUCGGGUCUCCUCUGCCAGAGACCGCCGAUGCGGGCGAGUCGGCCGACUUCAAAAGCCGGUGGCCCAUGACUCAAAGCCCAAAAUCUCCGAGGACGAUUGCCCAGGUCAGGGUGCGCAAUAGGAGGAGGGAGUAUCUUCGUCGGAAUCCGGCGUAUUUGGCAGAUUUGGAACAUGAACUCGCCGAUCCCGUCAUGUACGAGACGUUAAUUCUCAAGUUCCAAUCCCGAGCGGAAAGGGACGCAGAAGCGGAAGCAAAAGGCUACUCGCGAAUCCUGGAAGGUGACCUAAGGAGAGGGGAGGCCAAGCUCGCCACACUUGCGGCCGAGGCUACUAGUGAUGAGAGACACAACGGUGCGACUGCAGAACCACAAUCAGCCAGCGAGCGGGGCCCCCAACCAUCUCGGCUUGACCGCGACAUAAUUCUCCUAGAAACUGAAUCGAGCAAGGAAGAGAAAAUCUCCAUGACAAAGGACCAAGCUCGGGAGCUUUGGAACGAAUUCCUUACUCGGCGAUUUGUUCGAGGCGAGGAUUCAGACUUCGACUAUUCCCAUGUCGAUGCUGAUGAUGAGCUCGACGUAUUGGAAAGACAAGAUGCUCAGGAUGCCUGGUUCGAUGAUGAGGAACCGAGCUGGAUAAUUGAUCAGGAAGAUGAAGAUAGCUCGCAUAACCCGAAGGCGAAGGUACUCCUUGGGGAAACAGGAAUUCAAGACUUUUGA